UUGUUACUGUCAUAGCAUGGCUUUAAGUCCAACCCCAUAUCCAAAUUCCAAAUUUCCAAUUUGGAGUCUACCCUUGAUCUGCUUGAUUGUUACUGCCUUUGCCAGCAUCUUAUUGUUCACUUGUUACAGGAUUGUAAAACAAAUUUGCUAUGGACAUUAUGGAGAAUCCUUUAGAAACUGGGUUGAGAGGCAACUUCUGGACGAAGCCAACCCUGAUGAUCCUUCUCAACAAUUCCAUAGUCGAGGCCUGGAUUCCUCCACUGUAUACUCGCUGCCCAUCGCCCAGUUCAAGAAGAAUGAAGGACCAAGCCAUAGCAAUACUGAUUGUGCAGUUUGCUUGGGUGAAUUCGAAGAAGGGGAGUUUCUGAAACAUCUACCAAACUGUUCUCAUGUCUUCCACAUUCCCUGCAUUGACACUUGGUUUGAGUCUCAUUCCAAUUGUCCCCUCUGUAGAUCACACGUCUAUGACUUCACCAUGGACAAUGAAUUCUCGGGUUCAAUGUAUACUUUGCUGGAGACUCUAAGGAGGGAAGAUUUCUUUCAAGAAUGGGUAGAAAAUUACCAAAUCCUUCGGGUUGAGAUCCUACAGACGUCCACACAUAGACAAGAGCCGGAAAAUGGCACUUGAUUUGUCCUAACCAAUGGGGUAAAACCCCCAUUGAAAGAGGCAAAAUGAGGACAUACGAUUUGUGGAGCCACGCUAAUAUGGCUAUUAACAUUUUGGGUAGCUCAGGAAAUUCCAAGUAGCAGAGGCUAGUUAACAGUUAUCCAUGCAUUGUAAGGUUUGAUCAAUGCUGUCUCUUGGAAAGAUACAGAGGUUCUUCGAUCCAGAGGGCGUCUUUAACCCCAUUACGGAUGAACAUUUCUCUGUUGUAGCAG